GAGGGAGGAAGAAGCAAAGAAGGAAGAGGGAGAGAGAGAGAGAGAGAAGAGGCGGAUUCUCGCGGGGUCCUUCGUGGCUUCGACCGUUGUGAAUCGCCCCCAACUGGUGCACGCGGUAGUGGGACACCUCGCGAAAUAAUGCGUCUUCUUGUUCCCGGGCAGCUCGUCCGGAUGACAUCGUCGCCAGCCAGCCACGGGACGACGACGACGUAGGUGACGUAUACGAAGAUAUGGAGGGUCCCAUUGAGCAUUAUGGUUACACCUUGCUCGAAUCAAUGCUACAUUUAGCCUUGCGUUUGGACAGUUUUUAAUGCGAUAGAAGCAGUACAGGCAGAUAGAGGCACGGUAAUCCAAACUUCUAUCGGAGAAAUGGAUGCAGUGUGCGAUGAGGAUAGGCGAAGACGCCUAAGGGCUUUGGAGGAGAGGAUAAAAGAUCCAAGAAGUGUCACAAAUAUCGAUUGCUUAUUGGAUACAGUUCAGGCCCUGGUGUUAGAUUGCGAUCAUGCGAGUGUGAAACGUAUGAAAAAUAUAGAAGCCUACAUGCAUAGAUAUGACUCCGUAGCACAAGAGAUUCAUAAAAUGCGAAUGCGUACGGAUGAUUUUACUUUGAUAAAAGUAAUCGGCCGUGGUGCAUUUGGAGAGGUGCAGUUGGUUAGACACAGAUCUACGCAAAAAGUUUAUGCUAUGAAAUUACUUAGUAAAUUUGAAAUGAUUAAAAGGUCGGAUUCCGCAUUUUUUUGGGAAGAGAGAGACAUAAUGGCUCACGCAAAUUCUCCGUGGAUAGUCCAGCUCCACUUUGCAUUCCAAGAUCAAAAGUAUCUCUAUAUGGUUAUGGAUUAUAUGCCGGGAGGAGAUUUAGUGAAUCUGAUGUCUAAUUACGAAGUGCCAGAGAAAUGGGCCAAAUUCUACUGUGCCGAAGUGGUGCUUGCAUUAGAUGCGAUACAUCAUAUGGGUUUCGUCCACAGAGACGUAAAGCCGGACAAUAUGUUGCUCGACAAACAUGGGCAUCUAAAACUUGCAGACUUUGGCACAUGUAUGAGGAUGGACGCUGACGGUUUAGUACGGUCCGACACCGCGGUUGGUACUCCCGAUUACAUAUCCCCGGAAGUUCUGCAAUCGCAAGGCGGGGAAGGAGUGUACGGUCGCGAAUGCGACUGGUGGUCCGUAGGUGUUUUCCUUUACGAGAUGUUGUUCGGCGACACACCGUUUUUCGCCGACUCUUUAGUCGGCACGUACUCGAAGAUCAUGGAUCACAGGAACUCGUUAUACUUUCCUCAAAAUGUCGAGAUUUCUCACUCGGCGAAGAACUUGAUAUGCGGCUUCCUCACCGACAGAACGAAACGUCUGGGUCGUAACGGUGUCGACGAAAUUAAGAACCAUCCAUUCUUCAAGAACGAUCAGUGGACUUUUGAUAAUCUGAGGGAAUGCGUGCCGCCGGUGGUGCCUGAACUUUCCGGAGACGACGACACCAGCAAUUUCGAUGACGUCGACAAAGAGGACGGACCAGAAGAGAGCUUUCCGGUACCUAAAGCUUUUUCCGGGAAUCAUCUGCCUUUCAUUGGAUUCACUUACUCGGGCGAUUACGAGCUAAUGUUCUCUUACGGCAAGGAAUCCGUGGAUGGUUUGGAGAAUCAUGUUAAUAAUGGUACCACUGACGAUGUGAAGAUCUCGCAGCUGGAAAACUUGCUGGACCGUGAGAGACGGCAAGUAGAGACGAUGGAAUCGCGGCAGAAAGCGUUGAACAUGCAGUUGGAAGCGAUGACACGCCGAGAAGCCGAACUGCGUGAGGAAGUCGGCAGAGCGGACAAAGAGCUGACACUGCUCAGACACAAUUACAAGGAGGCGCAACGUAGAGUCGAGCACGAGACGGAGAUUCGUCGGAAGGCGGAAUCGUUGUUAGUGGAAGUGAAGAAGAAGUUUGACGAGGAACAAACUAGGCGGGCUCGAGACGUCAGCAACUCGCAGCAGACGUCCGAGCGAGUAACGACGUUGGAGAAGCAGCUGAAGGAGAUGCAAUGCAAACUCGAGAGAGAAACGGAAACGGUGACGAGGUUGCGCAAACAGACCACGGAAAUCACCGUAGCGCGUCAAGCCGCCGAGCAAAUGGCGAGCGAACUCCAAGUUGCCAGGGCUCAACUGCAAGCGCAGCGUGAUAACUUGCAACAAGAGGUUGCCACUCUCCAGGGCCAACUUUCCAAGGAGCGCAGUUCAAGAUCGCAAGCUUCAUUGUUGACAGCCGAACUGGAGACACGUCUUUCUGCUUUACAUCUCGAGUUAGAACGUAGUCGUGAGAAGGAGGAGAAGGCGACUCUGGAUAAUAGACAACUGAACGAAAGAAUUUCCGCGUUGGAAAAGACUGCUAGUUUAACUCUGGAAUUAAAAGCUGCACAAGCCAGGUACACUCAAGAAGUUGUAGCCCAUCAAGAGACGGAGCGUUCACGCAUUCUUUCCAAAGAAGAGGCCAAUUUGGAGGUUGUUAAAGCUCUACAAGCAAAAUUAAACGAGGAGAAAAGUGGAAGACAACGUGCAGAAUUACUUGCGCAGGAAAAGGAACGUCAGACAUCGAUGCUCUCUGUCGAUUAUAGACAGAUACAGCAACGAUUGCAAAAAUUAGAAGGCGAGCACAGACAAGAAGUGGAAAAAGUCAAAGUGCUGCAGGGCCAAGUUGAGCAGGAGCAACAGAAGAGGAACGUUCUUCAGACCGACCUAGGUCAACAAACGUCCGAAGCGGGAAGACUUCGCGCUCGUGAGCAACAAUUGGUCGGAGAGGUUGCUCAGUUGAGGGAGGCUAAGCGGCAAAUAGAAGAGGAGUUACAUCACUUAAAAACGCAAAGGAACGUCGAUCAGUUACAGACGAAAGAAUUGCAAGAACAAUUGGAAGCCGAAGCUUAUUUCUCGACUCUUUAUAAAACUCAGACGCAAGAGUUACGUGAAGAGCUAGAUGAAAAAGUGAGGCUGCAGCAGGAACUGGAAGAAGAACGUAGCUCUUUGGUUCAUCAGUUGCAAUUGUCUUUGGCACGCGGUGACAGUGAGGCGCUGGCUAGAUCCAUAGCCGAGGAGACCGUAGCAGACUUGGAAAAGGAAAGGACCAUGAAGGAGCUGGAAUACAAAGACGGACUAGCCAAGCAUCAUCAAGAGUUAAGCUCAAAGGAACAAAUUAUAAACAGAUUGAAAGAGAACGAAAGCGAAUUCAAGAAAUCGGUCGAUCAGACUCUGAAGGAAAAGGAGGACCUGAGCAAGCGGUUGAAAGAAUCGCAAGAGCAACUCGGUAAAGCGCAGUUCAACGCGGAAGAAAUCGAAAAGCUGAGCAGCAAGCUGAAAACUGAGCAACUGUUGAAGCAGCAAGCGGUCAACAAGCUGGCCGAGAUCAUGAAUCGAAAGGAUCUUUCGUCGAGCGGAAAGAAUAAAAACAAGGCGUCUGCCGCAGAUUUGAGGAAGAAGGAGAAAGAUUGCAGGCGCCUGCAGCAAGAACUCACUCAAGAGAGGGAAAAGUACGGACAACUGACAGCUAAAUGGCAGAAAGAUUUGCAAGAUUUGCAAGCGCAACUCGUAGAAGAGAAUCAGGCGAAGCUAAGGCUGCAAAUGGAACUGGAUUCGAAGGACUCAGAAAUAGAAACGCUACAGAUGAAAAUCGCGUCACUCAAUUCGGAAACUGCAAGUGUUUCGUCCAUCGAGAACGACGACGCUGAGGAUUCUGUUCUGUCCGAGCACGGUACAAUGAGACUGGAGGGUUGGUUAAAUGUGCCAAACAAGCAGAAUAUUAAGCGACACGGCUGGAAGAAGCAAUACGUCGUUGUUUCCUCCAAGAAGAUAAUUUUCUAUAAUAGCGAAAACGACAAGAUGAACGCCGAUCCGGUUCUGAUAUUAGACUUGAAUAAAGUCUUCCACGUUAGAUCUGUUACUCAGGGUGAUGUUAUCCGAGCCAAUGCCAAAGAUAUACCCAGAAUAUUUCAGUUACUCUACGCCGGUGAAGGUGAGGCGAGACGACCCGGCGACGAAGGAAAUACACUGCCUGGAGUGGAUUUACCGCAGCUCACAGAUAAACCCGGUACUCAGUCGCUGAAGGGCCACGAAUUCGUGUCAAUAUCUUAUCACAUGCCUACGACCUGCGAGGUCUGUUCGAAGCAGCUCUGGCAUAUGUUUCGUCCUUCUCCGGCUCUCGAGUGCCGAAGGUGUCGCAUUAAAGUUCAUAAGGAACACUUGGAUAAGAAGGAGGAUGCCAUAGCUCCGUGCAAACUGCACUACGAUCCGAACAGCGCCCGCGAGUUGUUGCUGCUCGCGACGAAUCCCGAGGACCAGAAGUACUGGGUCUCGCGGCUGUCCAGGCGCGUUCAGAAAUGCGGCUACAAAGCGAACUCGCACGCGGACGGCACGGGACAGCGCGUCUCGCCAAGAGAAUCCACGAGGUCGACUUUGAAGCCAUAUCUAUCGGUACAGCAACGAUCCGCGACAUUGCCAGCAAACGCUAGUAUGGGCAAGUGAUCUUGGAAAAAGCUAGUAUUGGCCAUUAAAGACUCUGCUCACGAUCUGCUACCGCAUUUUCUGCGUUAACGGUGAUUAUGUCAGUGAGGAUCGUAAAGAACUCCUAGAAAACCUCGCGAUUUUCUCUGCGCACCUGGCAAGAAACUGAAGUUAGACUGUCAAUAAUUUCCUAUCCAUCAAUGUGAGAAUAAUUUGAAAUAACGAUUGCGAUCAUAAUGUGACUUUUGCAGCUAGGGUAAGUAAAAUUCAAGUUCGAAUAUCGCUGGAGAAAACAGGGUUACUACAAUGUGUACCGGGUGAUAAACGAAUACGACGGAUGUAAGAAGGAUGGAGAGAGGAUAGGAGAUGCCGUAUGUCCAUAGGGUUGCGCGCCAUUGUCGUGUUCUCCCAGGACAAUAAUAUAAUUAAUUGAAAUUGCGCGCCGUGUGUUCCUCGUAAUUGCUGGAUCUUAUCUUUUAUCGUGAGCGACGUGUAAUAAUAAUCUUUUUGUACGGUGUGUUCGUGAUAUUUCGCGGCAGAUUGUGAAACGUUCUUUCGAGAAGAGAAUGAUUGAAUUUCUGCGGUGAUUUUUCUGGAUUAGAGAAACUCUAUAUUCGA